AUGAAGGAAUUACAACCCUUUUCGCAGCUGCCACGGACGUUCACUCCAAUAAAUCCCCUAACAACGACACCCUUCGACGACGCCCCGAUUGAAAGGAGAUUACCGCAGUUUGUCACAGGGGAUGAAGGCAGUAUAGGGGACAACUGUACCAAGAAAGAGAAGGACAAAAGUGCCAAAAGAAAGUCCUACCUGAACAGGUCCCACACCUCCGAACCGAUUCCUCCGACAGAGAGAGAGAGAGAGAGAGAGAGGUAA